AAUACAGUAUCGGGUAUAUCGGCGGUUUAAUUUUGGUUUAAAACCAUUACUGUGCUUAUCUUUGUUCUUUUUAACGUCUGUGUUCGGAUUUAAACUGGUCGUCUUGCAAAAUGGAUUCGAAAAAUGAAAUAUUUGAGGAAUUGGCUAGCAAAAUGAAUUCGCAAUUGUCAGUGGAAACCGGUAAUGAUGACCACGACGAAUCAUACAGUCGGUCGGAGAAUGAAUCGGAUGGUGAAUGGGAAACCAUGUCGGAGAGUGAAUGGAGUAUUUCAGAUAGCGAUUGGAGUAUCGCAGGUGACACAGAGAGCGCAUCGGACACGGAAGACGAGUUCUCGCUAUCUUCGGUCACACCGUCGUUGAAAGAUUGGAGCGACGAAAUACGAUCGGCGAAAGUAUGUCCGUUCAAACUGAAGCCAGGCCUUAAGGAAAGCUGCGGUAAAUCUCCUGUAGACUUCUUCAAAUUGAUGUUUACAAGAUCGUUAUUUGAGUUUCUAGUCAACAAUAUUAACAAUUACGCAAUGAAAAUUAUAUAUCCGAAUCAACAAGGUAGAAGAUUUAAAGAAGUAACAGUGAACGAGUUUUACGUCUUUUUCGGAUUGCUUUUGAAUAUAGGAACUAUAAACACAAAUAUUAUUGAUGAUUUUUUGAAAACUCCGCCGAUUGUUGAAGAUUCUGAGGAGUUUAUGAGUGAUGUUAGAUUUGGAAUUAUUUUGAAGUGUUUAAAUUUCGAACAUGAGCUGCCUGGGAAGAAUGAUAAGAUGUGUGAAAUAUCGCAUAUGAUAGAUUACUUUAAUAUAAUGAUGCGAAAACUCGUUAAUCCAGAGAAAGUACUAUGUAUAGAGGAAUCGAUCACAGUGCCUUGUUAUGAGCAUGUAUAUUUAUUGACAGACGAGUUCGGUUUAGCGCAUAAAUUAGUAGUUUAUCAAUACGAUCAGAAACCUGGCCCUAAUGUGGCGAAAACAUUGCUCGAAGAUAAAUUAGACGUCGGCCAUUCAGUCUACCUAUCUGAUGUUUACAACUCUCUUGAAUUAACUAAGUUCCUUAUUGAUAGAAAAACUUAUGUAACAGGACCGAUACAACGUAAAAGAUUCGGAGUUCUAAAAGAAUUCAAAGAGAAACAAUUAAAUAAAGGCGAGAAGAUAGUUAAAUAUAACGCUGACGGCAUUUGCGUUACGAAAUGGAAAGAACGUCGUGAAAUUAUAAUGAUAUCGUCUGAGCACAGUGGGGAGUGGAAACAGUAUAUAGACGCAUAUAACCAAAAAAAUAAGAAACCUGCAUGUGUAUUGGAGUAUAACAAAUAUAGAGAUAGCAUAGAAAAGCAUGAUGAAAUGAUGGGGCAGUAUUAUUUCGUGUGCGGCAAGAAGACACGAACAACUUACAAAUAUAAGAGAUUGGGAGUGCAUAUAUUGCAAAUGUUGAUGUUGAAUGCUUAUAUCUUGUACAACAAAUAUGGAGGGAAAUCUAUGUCGUUGAUAGACUUUAGAACGGUUGUCGUGAAACAUCUGCUCUCGUAUGGCAAACGUGUUCGGGUUUGAUUUUUAAAGUUUAAAGUUGGCAUGUAAAGAACUUGUUUUAUUUGUUUUAGAAGUAAGAAACGAGUCGAUUGUGUUAAUUUAAUGUUCUAAAAUUGUGUAAUUAAAGUUAUUUCAUCUUUUUACUGAAUAAAUGUUAAUAUAAAU